AGCCAGAGUAUAAAUACCACACACUGGAUCCGUGAGUCCACAGUGAGCCACGGGAAGCAACAAGCCAGUAUUCUUUCCAACUCCUACUAAGCAGCAAAGACAAUAAGAUGGAGACCAAGAAAAGUGCAAGAAAAGUUGACACCGGGGUAGUAGGCAGUGAUUUAUCAGAGCAGAUUAAAGAAGCCACAAAGGAAAACCAUGUGAGAGCGGAAAAUACGGAGCUGAUGUUGAGUUACCAGAGGGGUCAAGUCAAGCUGCCACAGUACAAGCUCCUGCUGUGCUCCCUCCACGAGAUCUACAAGGUCCUCGAAGAGGAACUCGAUAAGAACUGUUCCCAUCCAGCGGUUGCACCGAUAUACUUCCCCCAGGAACUUGCUCGCCUGGAAUACCUGGAGAAUGACCUGGAAUACUUUUUGGGUCCUGAUUGGCGUGGAAAAGUGAUUGUUCCCGCUGCCACCCACAGAUACACUCAAAGGCUUCGAGAGAUUGGUAAAAAGAAUCCAGAGCUGCUGGUUGCCCACGCCUACACUCGAUAUCUUGGCGAUUUGUCAGGAGGUCAAGUCCUGGGAAAAAUUACCCAGAAAUCCCUCAAGCUGUCAGGAAAUGAGGGUCUUUCGUUUUUCUUCUUCCCUGGCGUGAGCAGUCCCAAUCGCUUCAAGCAGUUGUACAGAAGUCGCAUGAACGCCAUCGAGUUAACCGAGGACGAGAGGGAAGCUGUGUUGAAGGAAGCGGUCCAGGCUUUUGAGUUCAACACCGAGGUUUUUGAUGACUUGCAGAAGCUUCUGUGUGUCGCAACAGAACAAUCCAAGUCCAGCUCUGGCCAUUUUCCAUUUCCUCAACUCAAGCAUAUCACCGUGGGAUUGUGUGUUACUCUGGCUACCGUUGGAAUGGGAAUGUACGCCUUGUAGCAUCAGCUAGCAUUUUAAGCACCUAUAGCACUUUACUAAUCUCUUUGAAGCUAAUGAAACAAAUCCAAACUGGAACCAACUGGCUUUUAAAAAAAAAAAAGUCAGCACUUAUAUUUGAUUGAACAACAUACUGUAUAUUCUUACUUUUGUUACAUUUACUAAAUUUGUCAUUGAUUACAGAAUUUUGUGUAUUUGUAGAAACAAAGGAAAUAAACUUGUUGGCAGUGCAAGA